AUGAAAAUAUUACUUGUAUUAUUUAUUACCUUUACAACAUUAGCCAAUGAGUGCAUAUUAAAUGGAUUUAAUUUUAGCUCUAUUCAUUCAGAAAUUGAAGAUUAUUCAUUUUCCCAAGGCAAUGGAACAUUUACCUAUGUUAAUCCAUGUGGAAGAUUAUUAUAUAAUUAUACAUUCAAUUCAACUAUCCCAUCACCUGAUUACUCCGUUCUAACAAUUAGUGUAGAUGAUAAAAUUGAUUUAAUGGGUUUAACUUCAAGUGAAUAUUUAAAAGAUAAAAAAGAUUAUGUUGAAUUUAAAUACAACUCUUAUGUUAAUUGUAGUGCUACAGAGACUUAUGAAACAAAAGUGAAAGUGUAUUGUUCUAAAGAUGUAAACGACUCAAUAUUUUAUGUUAAGUACGAUGAUAAUGACUGUGAGUUUGAAGUAAAAAUGUACCAUUCACUUGUUUGUAAAUAUAUCGAAUCUAAACAAACAUCUUCUACAUCCCCACACCCACAUCCAGAUGAUCAUGAUGACGAUGAUGAUGACGACGACGAUGAUGAUGAUGUUGAUUUCCCAAUAGUAGGAAUUAUUUUCUUGUUAAUUCUUUUCAGUGGUAUUUGUUUAUACUUAGUUAUUGGAGUUAUUAUAAAUAUUUUAGUAUUUAAGAAAAAAGGAAUUGCUGUUAUUCCAAAUUAUGUAUUCUGGUUAUCAUUGCCAGUGCUUAUAAAAGAUGGAUGUACGUUUAUUUUCUGUUGUAAGAAACCAUCACCUGAACCGUUUUAUGAAGAGGCACCAGACCAAGACUUUGCUGAUAUGCAAUUUUAA